AUCUUAAGUUACCAGAGUAACAAGCCGAACAAACAUUAGCAGCAGUUCGGCUCACAGCCCCUCUGGACGUACACUGUCUGCCGAACAGCGUCAGAGAAACACUGAUUUUUAAAACUGCUUUACUCAAUGUUUUUACCAGUUUUCUAAAGUCAUCCAAUCUGAAAUAUUUGAAGGGGCUCAUGCCCCCAGUUGAAUGGGAAUUAUGACUCUGGUGACAACAGUCUACUAAAGAUGUAAUUAGUAACUUUUACAAUGACAUCACUACAUUAAGAUGAACCAGUUCCAUGCUCUUGUAUUGUGCGUGCUGGCAUGGCUUACUGGAGCACUUAAUGGAGCGCUAAUUUAUUAGUUACACCUGUGCUUUUUCUCAAAGUACAAGUUAAAAUGUGUGCAAAAAUUGAUACUGUACUACUGACUGUGGUUUGAUAUAACUGUUAAAGCUCUACUAUUCAAUUUAAUUACCAAAGAAUCAAAAUACUAUGUAUGAUGAAAAGGUUUGUUAUCACCCAAUCUGCAUUUCUACACAACUUUUAGCCUCUUUUAGCUUAUUGUUUUGGUGUUGUGGCACGUUUAAGGUUCAGUCUCACUGCUCUGAUCAACCUUGUUUCCAGCAUCAACAGGUAAAGCUCUGUUUUUUAGCCAAGAAAGCUCCAAUAAGUCCACUGUAUACUAUGUGCCCAGCACCAGAUAGCAGACAGACAAAGUUAGCAACUCGCUUAGCUGAGCAGGUAGCAGCUAACAAACACAGAGAUUUUUUGUCAGGAGUUAAUGGAGACCAAACCAGAGUGAAAAGGAGAGUAUAUAUUGGGCUUAAAUUUGCCGGUGGCUAGAAAUAUAACUUCAAAGGAAUGAUAAUGUUGCUCUAUGUGUGCUGAAUGGGUAAGUAGGCAGUUUUUUGCUAAUACGUUAGCCAUAGCCUUUUAAGGCGCCAAUAUAUCAAAAGUGUGUGUCUGUUACCUUGUUUUUUAGUUCUGCCUAACAGUGGCAAAACUAUGAAAAAACAAUUCAUGUAGCUUUAGCAAAAUUUAAAAUGUUUUGCUAUGUUCAAAAUUUAAGUUUCUCUCUACCUUAAAAGCAAAGUAUGGUGAAAUAAACCCAGUAAUGAGGAAGCGAAAUGUGUUUGUUCUGAGGGUACGAAGCAGGUGUGGUUGCUUUGCAGAAGGUGGUUUCUGUGAAGAAAGAUUAACAGGCUUCCCGGAGGAACACAAUCGGUUAAAGAAUUUUGUCAAGAAUGGUCCACGCUUGGAUACACAAAUCUUAAUGGCAGGUAGAGAGAGUUAUUGCAUGUAGAAAGACAUUUCGCUAUAUACAUCCGUUACAAAAGAAAAAAAAAAAGUAACACCAUGAAGCUUAAAAAAAUCUGCAUCAUUGAAAUCAGCAAAGAACAUCUGAAUCUUAAUUUCAUAACUAAAACCGUUUAGCAUUUGCACAGGUUAUUGCAACACCAAUCCUACUUAUAUGCAGUGAAACUCCUCAGUACUAAACUGACUGAGGGCUUGAAUCAGAACAUGUGACAUCUCAAUUGACAGGUGGGGUGCGGUGGGUUAGGGGGAAAGAUCUCACCUGUAAUGUACACGCUGAAGUGUCGAUAAGCCACUUAAUCCUUUCACCACCUCACUGAUUUAAGAUAAAAAAAGAAAAGAAAUCUGAAUAGCUACAGAAUACAUCUUUAAAUGCCAUGUGGUACUUUCCCUCAGUUCUCAAAUUAAAAAAUAGCUAACUACAUCCUGGUUCAUGCACCCUGUCCAUUUACCUAGCCUAAUUUUUCACUUUCACAGUGUUCCGUUUGUCCUCUGUUAACUUGAAAGGUAUUGUCUGACUAACCAAUGUUUGUCAAGAUGUCAGCAUCCCCUCUUGUUCAUAAUGCAGGACUUAAUAUUUUAUCCAUUAGGGGUGAGGUUGGUGACACUCUCAUUGUCUUACUCUAGUUGUUUACGUUACUCUAUUUGAUGGAAGAAAUGAAAUAAGAUGAAAACAGUUCCGAAUUGAAACUUUGAAAACCUGAGAACAUAGAUUAUAUUCAGCUAUCAUUUUUAGAACUGUUCUACCAGGAAAUAUUAAGUUUAAAGAGACUAAGAGAACAUGUUCAAGUUUCAAACUCUCCUUUAUGAUUUGCUUUGUGUGUCCAUCCAUCCAUGGGUGAUUCUUUGCUGAGGUUCUGAACCACUUCCUCAUCAAGAUCUCUUUCACACACAUGAUUUCUCACAGGGAUUACUGUUAAACCAUGAAAGAGAUUUAUUAAACUGUUUUAGUUUCCUGGUUUUUCCUAGUAGUCAAAGUGUGUGUGUGUUUGUGUGUGUGUGUGUGUGUGUGUGUGCUUGUGUGUGUGUGCAUAUCACACACACACAGUGUACCUGCGUGUGUGUAUGCAUGUGCAUGUGUGCAUGGACACUGCAUAUAUAGGCGUGUGUGGUGGGCAGUGUCUGUACUUUCUCCUGGACUCACCUGCUCCUCUGCAGCGAGGGAGCAUCAGGAAGCAUGACCUCACAGCGAUGGAUGCUGGCUGUCUGCUCUUCACUGACCUUAGUUUUAGGGAUAAGUGAAUCCAUCACAACAACAGAAACUCAGAAAUACACUUGCAGGACAUUCGGCAGCGGGGUCGUCCAGCCUUUCAACGGCUCUAUUUUCUACAUGCGAUCCACGUGCCCUUUCACCCUCACCCGCUUCACCCACAACCGAGUGGAAUGUGACAUCAUGAUACGACGCGGGGACAGCGGGCUGAUAGUGCAAGUUGAGAUCAUCGUCAACAAAGUCAGAACCGAACUUUUGCAGAAUGGAAGCAUCCUGGUGGAGAAGAGAAGCGUUUCCCUUCCAUACGACCACACUUAUCAGCAUAUUUUUCACUACGGCAUCUACACCAGACUGAGGAGCUCGCUGCUUCCUCUGUCUGUUACCUGGCACAGUGUACCUGGAGGAAUAGACACUCUGUGGGUGGAGCUGAAGCAGGAGCUGAGCACAGACAUGACUGGACUGUGUGGAAAACACAGUGUUGCAGGAACCAAGCAGCAGUUGAUUACAGACAGUGUGCUGACUGAGGACACAUGUCAAACACAAGAUCCUGUCUCAACUGUGAAUUCAGUAUGCAAUGAGUUCUUUUCCCAGGCCAUGGAUUGCCUGAAAGCUAUGACGCCUCACUAUAUCCAACUCUGUGAAGAGAACAUUUACGGCUAUGAACAAAGCAAAUACAUUGGCUGUGCUUUCUUCAAACAAGUUGUACAGCAGUGUGGAAGUAACAGCUAUGUCCGGUACACAUGGAGAGUUAUAACCAAAUGUGAUCAACCGAGUUGUCCAGGAGACCUGAUGUAUAAAGACGAGGGUCCUGCCUUUAUUCCCAGCUGCUCCAACCCAAACCCUAGAUCCUCCAAUCAGGAUCUUACCAGCACUUGCGUGUGCCCAGAGGGUAAGAUGCUUAAUGAUCGUGCAGAUGGUUUCCGCUGCAUUCAUGUGGCCAACUGCCCCUGUGCGUUGGCUGGCAGGAGCUACUCAGCUGGAGAUACACGUAGCACCAAGUGUCAGUCAUGUCUGUGUGAUAGUGGGAAGUGGCAUUGCUUUGAAAAAGCAUGCCCUGUCAAAUGUCUCAUUGAAGGGCAGUUUGUGACAACAUUUGAUGGCAAACAAUAUACUCUCCCUGGUAAAUGUGCAUAUGUGGCCUCACAGGGUCUCAAUUGGUUAAUAACAAUUAAGUUUUCUGAAAAGGCGGCCUCUCUGAAAGCAGUUAUUCUCCAGCUUUUCCAGGAAACUUACACAUUCACAGCAAAUAUGGUUAAAUUCGGAGAGGAGGCGAUUACUGAACUUCAUCAGUCUGAUCAUGCCCUUGUGUACUGGCAGUCCUCCAUGUAUGUCCAGGUGCACACAUCCUUUGGUAUGACAAUCCAAGUUCAGAUGUCUCCUGAAAUACAGCUCGACAUCACCCCACCUAGAAACCACACUGGCAUGAUCUCAGGUCUCUGUGGAAACAGCAACAAUGACACCACAGACGACUUAACCACCAGCAGUGGGAUCAUUGAGAACUCAGCUCAACCUUUUGCUCAGUCCUGGAGUGUGGGUGUUUGUGCAGUGAAUAUACCCCACACCUGCAUCAACACAGACAAUGAAAUAUUUGCUGAAGAAAAGUGUUAUGUGUUGAAUGACCCAAGUGGGAUAUUUGCUAAUUGCCAUGGUCACAUCCCAACUGAUCAAUACCACACGACUUGCAUCCAAAGAACCUGCAACUGCGACGACAACCUGCAGCAGUGUUUGUGUGUUUCUUUGGCCAGCUACGCUAAAGCCUGUGCCCGUCUGGGUGUAGAAGUUGGUGACUGGAGGAAAGCUACCGACUGCACUCCUGUGUGUCCAAAGAACCAAAAGUUCUACUACGACAUGCAGGCCUGCAACCGUACAUGCCUUUAUCUGUCUGAUCCUGACCCUCGAUGUGGGCUGAAUGAUACCUCUGUGGAGGGCUGUGGCUGUCCGAAAGGCACUUAUCUGAACAAAGGAAACAUCUGCACCCCAAAGGCAGAGUGUCCAUGUCACUACAAGGGUGGAACAGCACCACCUGGGGCUGUUGUUAUCGAUGGACAACAGUGCAUCUGUGAGAAUGGAAAACUGAGUUGCUCCAAAGACUGUGGUUGCAGCAAUGGGAUGGUUUGUGUUCACUGCUCACAGCACUUGGUUAAUACGGCUCAGAAAACUUGUGACAGUCUCAGUAAACCACGGGAUACCAGUUUGACCUGCGAGAGUGGCUGUUACUGCCCGCAUAACCAGUAUAAAGAUCACAGCGGAAACUGUGUUUCUUCAGACAACUGCACCUGCGUGUACAGCGGCAAAGUAUUCAGUGCAGGACAGACAGUCAAAACCAACUGUAAAACAUGUACCUGUAGUCAGGGUCAGUGGCACUGCACAAAGGAGCCAUGUCCAGGGAAGUGUCAAGUAUAUGGAAAUGGACACUACCAGACCUUUGACAACAAAUGGUACCGCUUUGAUGGACACUGUCAAUACACACUUGUAGAGGAUGACUGUGGACAUGGAAAUGGUACCUUCUCUAUCAGAGUGGAGAGUGUACCCUGCUGUGAUGAAGCUCUUACCUGCUCUCGUGCCAUCGUCAUAGACCUGCAGGGUGAAGUCACCCUGACAUUGAGCGACAUGAGGGUGACCAGACUCCAUAAAGGCUGGUCUCUGCAAGAGAUUCCACUUUACACUACACACACUGUGGGGCUCUACAUCAUAAUCUCAGUGCCAAGUAGAGGGAUAACUCUCAUUUGGGACAAACACACCCGGAUCACCAUAAAGCUGAGUGCAGGCUGGAGGAACCAAGUGUGUGGCCUCUGUGGGAAUUUUGACUCCAGUGAGAUGAAUGACCUACAGAUAAGUGGCUCAGCAGUGGUGUCCAGUCCCUUGGCCUUUGGUAACAGCUGGAAGGCCACCUCGCCCCCUUGCUCUGAUGUGACCACGGAGAUAUUUCCAUGCGAACGCAACUCCUACUGCUUGGCCUGGGCCCAGCGGCGCUGUAUGAUCCUUACAGGAGACACCUUCAACGACUGUCAUCUCAAAGUGGACCCAGAGCCCUACUACCACGCCUGUGUGCAGGAGUCCUGCUCCUGCGAAUUUGAGGGGAAGUUCUUGGGCUUCUGCACAGCUGUGGCAGCCUACGCAGAGGCCUGCAGUGAGCAGGAUGUUUGUGUAAAAUGGAGAACACCUGAUUUGUGUCCUGUCUACUGUGACUACUACAACGAGCAGGGCCAGUGUAGCUGGCACUAUGAAGCCUGCGGUGAGGUACAAACCUGUGGCAAAGGCCACCAUUUCACUCACAAGUUGGAAGGCUGCUACCCCAGAUGCCCAAAAGAUGCGCCAUACUAUGAUGAAAAUACUGGUGAAUGUACCAACUUAAGAAACUGCACCUGUUAUUUUAAUGACACUAUCAUUCAGCCUGGGACGGUGGUGAUGAUUCAGUCUAAUAAGUGUCCCUGUGAAAAUGGAACAAUUAAUUGCCCACUUCCACCAACUGUACCUUCCACCACUCUGACAUCAAAUACUCUCACCACAACUGCUUCAACUAACACCACAAUAGUUAGUUCCACCACCUCUACACCAACAACUAUAACUGUCUCAACUACAACUGAAACAUGGUCAACGACGUCUUCCACCACCUCUACACCAAUGCCAACCAUUACCAAUGUCUCACCUACCACUGAAAAUUGGUCAACGACACCUUCCUCCACCUCUACACCGAUGACAACCAUUACCAAUGUCUCAAGUACCACUGAAAAUUGGUCGACGACACCUUCUCCCACCUCUACACCGAUGACAACCAUUACCAAUGUCUCAACUACCACUGAAAACUGGUCAACGACAUCCUCCCCCACCUCUACACCGACGACAACCAUUACCAAUGUCUCAAGUACCACUGAAAAUUGGUCAACGACACCUUCUCCCACCUCUACACCGAUGGCAACCAUUACCAAUGUCUCAACUACCACUGAAAAUUGGUCAACGACACCUUCCUCCACCUCUACACCGAUGACAACCAUUACCAAUGUCUCAACUACCACUGAAAAUUGGUCAACGACACCUUCCUCCACCUCUACACCGACAACAACCAUUACCAAUGUCUCAAGUACCACUGAAAAUUGGUCAACGACACCUUCUCCCACCUCUACACCAAUGACAACCAUUACCAAUGUCUCAAGUACCACUGAAAAUUGGUCAACGACACCUUCCUCCACCUCUACACCGAUGACAACCAUUACCAAUGUCUCAACUACCACUGAAAAUUGGUCAACGACACCUUCUCCCACCUCUACACCAAUGCCUACCAUUACCAAUGUCUCAACUACCACUGAAAACUGGUCAACGACAUCUUCCCCCACCUCUACACCGACGACAACCAUUACCAAUGUCUCAACUACAACUGAAACAUGGUCAACGAUGUCUUCCACCACCUCUACACCAAUGCCAACCAUUACCAAUGUCUCAACUACCACUGAAAAUUGGUCAACGACACCUUCCUCCACCUUUACACCAAUGACAACCAUUACCAAUGUCUCAAGUACCACUGAAAAUUGGUCAACGACACCUUCUCCCACCUCUACACCGAUGACAACCAUUACCAAUGUCUCAAGUACCACUGAAAACUGGUCAACGACAUCUUCCCCCACCUCUAUACCGACGACAACCAUUACCAAUGUCUCAAGUACUACUGAAACAUGGUCAACGACACCUUCCACCACCUUUACACCAAUGACAACCAUUACCAAUGUCUCAAGUACCACUGAAAAUUGGUCAACAACACCUUCUCCCACCUCUACACUGAUGACAACCAUUACCAAUGUCUCAAGUACCACUGAAAACUGGUCAACGACAUCUUCCCGCACCUCUACACCGACGACAAUCAUUACCAAUGCCUCAAGUACUACUGAAACAUGGUCCACCACCACCACUGAACUAACAACCCAUAAAGAGCCAGCCACAACUGCCACAGAUAUGACCCCCCAAACAAAGACUACAUUCACAACUUUCAGUACAGCAUUAACAACUCCUGACGUCAAGACAGGACCAUCACCCACCUUUACCCAGGCGCCAUUGUGUAGAGACCUGAAGAGAAAUCAAACAUGGAUUAAUAGUGAGAAUUGGACAGAGGACUGCUUCCAUAAGAUCUGUAAAAAUGGGGGCAUAGAGUUGACUCCAGUGGUUUGUCAAGAGCCUACAAUUCCCAACUGUCCCAGAGGAGAGGUCUCAAAGGUCUCGGAUGGAUGCUGUGAAACUUGGAAGUGUAACUGUCGCUGUGAGCUAUAUGGAGACCCCCACUACAUAUCUUUUCAAGGUGUACCAUUUACUUUCCUGGAUUACUGCACCUACAUCCUAAUGGAGGAGCGGUCACCACGUCAUCAUCUGACUAUUGCUGUGGACAACUUCAAUUGUGACAUGCCUGGCUCCUGUACUAAAGGCAUCAUCAUGCAAUAUCAGAACAAUACGGCAACACUCAGUAUCAUCCCACAUUUGUCUGCAGUAGAGGCCACUCUGAACAAUGUGACCAUACAGCCACCAUAUGAGGCACAUGGGUUGAGAUUUGAGAGCACAGGCUACAUAGUGUCAGUCUACCUCCCAGAGUUGCGCUCUUACAUCUCCCUCAGUCCAUAUAACGUCUUGGUGGUCAGUCUGGCUAUGGAGCAUUUCCUUAACAACACCCAGGGACAAUGUGGUGUAUGUGGCGGUGAAUCAUGUAUCCGUAGAGGAGGGCAUAUUGAGGACGACAGCUGCUGUGAUAAGACGGCCUAUGACUGGGUGUACGCUGACCCAGCGAAGCCAUCUUGUGCUUCUGCACCAAGGGACAUACCCUGCCACCAAGGGACCACUCCACAACCCACUUCCACCCCCUGCCCUGGGAACACACUAUGUGAGCUGCUAUUGCACUCAGUUUUUGCAAACUGCAGCCAGAAUGUGGAUCUGUACAUUAUUAAGAAGAACUGUGAGUUUGAUUCAUGCAGUAAUAGAACCACUACUUGCUCUUCUCUGGAGCAAGCUGCUAAAAUAUGCAAGAUUGCUGGCAUCUGUAUCGACUGGAGAGGACUAACUAAUGGAACCUGCGGUGUGCAGUGUCCAGAAGGACUGGUUUACAGGGAAUGUCGCAACAAGCUGGAUGACUUCUGCUAUGGAGGGGCUCGUCAUCCCGGAACCUCCCUCGAGUACAACAGUGCAGGGUGCUUCUGUCCCAGUGGCCAGUUCAGGGCAGGAAAUCACUCAGACACCUGUGUGGAUGACUGUCGGUAUUGUAAAGGACCACUUGGUGAGCCCAGACUGCCGGGUGAGGUGUGGCAAUCCAACUGUCACCUGUGUACAUGCAACAACCAGACUCGGACAGAAAAGUGUUCUCCAAAACCACCUCCUUCUUGUGGCCCCAACGCUGUAUUGGUGAACACCUCUUGUUGUGGUAAUCAGACUUGUGUUGAGAAGACAUGCAGUUAUAAUGGGAAGACAUACAAGGUGGGAGACAGAUGGAAAGAUGCCACUCAUCCAUGCAUAUUGCUCACCUGUGGAAGAGAGGGUAUUCAGACUGAGGAGAACAGGAUGAGGGAGGACCAAAACUGCAACUUUACAUGUAACCAAAGCUGUGUUCCCAAGAUGUCCAGUAUCAACAUCACCACAGACAACUGUACCACCAUCAUGCAGAUGCCUGUGUGUCAGGGCCAGUGUGUGUCUCCAUCAGGGGUGGUAUUAAAUGGUGUCCUGCAGGUGGAGCCAAAGUGCAGGAGUUGCCAGGAGCUGAGCUCAGAGAGGAGAUCAGUGACCCUGCAGUGUUCUGACCUCACUACUAGACAGCACGCCUACAAGCAUAUCACCAGUUGUGAGUGCAAAGCUUGUACCGUACAGCGCUGAAAAGUCCUGACACCACAGACCAAAGAACACAUUUUCAUCAUCAACAAUUUUGUAUUGUAUGCAUUUAAAAGAUGAACAAAUCAAGAACUAUUGUAUUCAAAUUGAAAUGAUUAUGAGAUUAAAAACUUUAUUCUUGAUUGGGUGCAGUAAGCACUGAAUAUAAUCCAUUUUCACAUAGUGGACUUACUGGCAGUCUCUCUGCCCUAGCUUUGACCAUUUCCAUAGCCUAUCUUCUAGAAGUUAAAUUACCUAAUCACCUAAAUUACAAAAAACAUUCUUCUCACUUAUCUCUAGUAGUAUCUAGCCAUGCAGAUAGUUUGGGUUUUAUUUACCCAGAUUUUGAGAUAUCUGUCUAUGAGAUUUCUGUCACCACCCCAAUACCAAGGAGGUAUUUUCAUUUUGAAAAAUCACAUAAAAAAUGUAACAGCAGCAUUUUUUGCAGAAUGAGUGGACCCAAAAUAAUCCACAAACAUCACUGUAAUUUCACUGAAACUACUUUCUGCUGAGGAAAUAGUCCCUAUGAAAACUGUUGACAGUUGUUCUGCUGGUCUGCUGCUCUUGAUCUUUUAAAAAAUUCUAACUAUCUGUGUGGCUAGAUACUGACAGAAGCAAGAAAUGUAAUGUAAAUGCAAUUGUCAAUGCUGCAAUAAAAUGACCAAAAAUAUGAAA